AUGCUGUCCAUCCUAAUCGUAGGUGCCGGGCUCGGCGGCCUCGCCGCCUCAAUCGAAUGCGCGCGCUCCGGGCACAAAGUCACAGUGCUCGAAGCAGCUCGCUCGCUCACCGAAAUCGGCGCCGGCCUCCAACUCACCCCCAACGCGACGCGCCUCCUCCACACCUGGGCCAUCUCUACUAGCGCACUGAAAGCCGUCGAGCCCGCCCGCCUCCAGGUCCACCGCUUCUCCGGCCCCGUCCUCGCUGACUCCGGGCCCGGCUUCGCCGCUGCCAUGCGCGCCCGCUACGCCGCCCCCUUCGCCGACGUCCAUCGCGCAGACCUGCACGCGGCGCUGGUGGCGCGCGCCCGCGCCCUGGGCGUCGUGCUGCGGGUCGGCGAGCGGGUUGAUGCGCUGGACUUGGACCUGAACCAUGACCUGGGCCUGGGUGCCGGGCAGCACACUGCACGCGUACGCACUGUCCACGGCAAGACGUGGGACGCCGAUGUUGUGGUUGCGGCGGACGGCCUUUGGAGCCGCUGCCGCGAGUGCGUGCUCGGCCGCGCCGACGCCCCGCUCCCGACCGGCGACCUGGCCUUCCGCGUCGUGCUGGGCGUGGAGCAGAUUGCGGAUGCGCAGUUACGGGCGUGGGUGCGCGCCAACGAAGUGCAUUUCUGGAUCGGGCCGCGCGCGCACGCCGUCGGCUAUUGCAUGCGUGCCGGCGAGCUGUACAACCUCGUGCUGCUGGUGCCGGACGACUUGCCCGCCGACGUGGCGCGCCAGCGCGGCUCGUCGGUCGAGGAGAUGCGCCGCCUCUUCGAGGGCUGGGAUCCCAUCCUCACCCGCCUCCUCUCCCACGUCUCCGCCGUCGACAAAUGGAAGCUCAUGCACCGCCCCGCGCUCGACUCGUGGCUCAGCCCGCGCGCCAACCUUGCCCUGCUCGGCGACGCCUGCCACCCCAUGCUGCCCUACCUAGCGCAGGGCGCCAACUCGGCGCUCGAGGACGGCGCCGUCCUCGGCCGCGCGCUGGCGGGCGUCGUCGCGCCGGGCCCCGAUGUCCAGCGGGCUUUGCGCCUGUUCCAGCGGCUGCGGAAGGCGAGGGGCGAGAAGAUUGCAAGAGAGUCGUUCAUGCAGAGAGAGGCCUUCCACUUGCCGGAUGGGCCCGAGCAGGAGGCCCGCGACGCCCUGUUCCUGUCCAAGCUGGGCGGGGAGAUCGACUGCGCGUUUCCGAGUCGGUGGACGUGUCCGGAGAUCCAGCCGUGGUUGUAUGGCUACGACGCGUUCAAGGAGGUCGACUAUGCUGCUAGCGAUGCUCGAGAUUAAGAGAAGGCGGGUAAGUCAGAGUUUGCUGCUGGGCCGUUGUAGUCGCUAGGCCCUGUCUAGACACCUUGGGCAGGACGGCUUGCUGGUUAGGUUUUGAGCCUUGUUGUUGCUGCCGGGGAAUAUAGGAGCACGCAAUUUUUUUAUCUGCCUGUUCGUGUCUUGUCUUUGUUUAUGUGCUCUUAUAUAUGCCGAGUGUUUUUGCUGUUGUGUGGCUUUAUAGAAAUGGCUGGAUUUGCCGUGAUGGCUUGCUAUAACUGCGUAAGAAGUGCUCUAUCUACUUAAUAUAUAGUUAAGUCGUAUACGUAGAUAG